AUUUAAUAAAUUAGAUAAAAAUACGGUGGUUGUUAGCUGCACUGAUCAGUCCACAUUCACCUUUGCAGAUGACCUGCUUCAGGUGUGUCCACCUGACGGUCUCUAAGUUCGUUCAAAUGUCUGAGAACUGUCCCUCCAUGUACAAGUCGGGCUGCACCCACCCACCUCAUCAGCAUCAGUGUGCAGGUUCUGUUGGGCUGAACUCUGCACCCAAUUCAUCCAAUGUCAUGGAGUGGAGCUGAAUGUGGACCCGACUCUUCAAGUGGGGGUUCCUGGAGCAGUGGUGUGCAGAUGGGAUAGUUCUCUCAUGAGUCUGUCUGGCCCUCAGAUACAACCUGCUGGACUCUAAAAUCAACACUGUGCUGACCAUGUGUCAGGACACCAACCUCCUGAACCCCGUCCACGGCAUCGUCCAGAGUGUGGUCUACCACGAAGAGUCACCCCCCCAGUACCAGCCCUCGUACUUACAGAGCUUUGGCUUUAAUGGUCUCUGGAGGUUUGCUGGACCCUUCUCCAAGCAAACGCAGAUCCCAGACUACGCCGAGCUGAUCGUCAAGUUCCUAGAGGCGCUGAUCGACAGCUACCUGCCAGCAGCAGAUGAGGAGCGAGGGGAGGAGCAACUGAGGACGCCCACCUCUCCCUACCCCCCCACUAGCCAGAGCCAAUUGAGCAUCACUGCCAACCUUAACUUGUCCAACUCCAUGACCUCACUGGCCACUUCCCAGCACUCGCCAGGUGUGUGUUUUCUCACACAAACACUCAUACACACACAGUUUGGAAAGUGUUGGUUUGAAGGAUUCCACAUAAAGAACACAGAAGAGUACCCUGAAGAGACUCCUUUAUUGUGUCAGUGAGGCCAACAAACACAUUGACACUCCUCUGUGCGGAGAAGGGUACUUCUUCAGAGAUCAAACUGGGUCAGCUGGCUGAUAGCAUAUGAUGAGGUACCAUAAUGAUGAGUAGACCCCUAUUCUAUACGGGUUUCUGCUGACUAUUCUAUAGGGGUCUACCCAUUAUUGUCAGGGCAGAUCAUUGGGUCGAUAUUUGUUAUUUUAACGUCUGUUAAAAUCAAGAGAAUCUGGCAACAGAGGAAAAAUUAUGGUGCCCGAAAAUUGAUAGCUGGAAGUCCCCCCUCUGCCGGAGCUGCAAAAAAAAACAUCAUUUGCGGCCAGAAGUCCUGGCCCAGAACCCCUGUUUUAAGUUUACCAUCUCUUUGCCAUUUCUUCUCUCUUUUU